AUGACACGAUCGUCGGUUUACCUCACUGGCCUGAAAAACAACUUGCGUGCUGGCAUUCAGGAAGUUCAGGAAGUUCAGGGUCACCUCAUCGGUGCUGAUGGUGUCUGCCCAGACCCAGCCAAGGUGUCUGCCAUCCAAGCUCUGAAGUCACCAACCAAUGUGCCCGAGUUACGCCGUGCUCUGGGCAUGUUCACGUUUCUGUCGAAGUUUGUGCCAAAUUUGGCCAAUGUCAGUGCCCUGCUCCGUGCUCCCCCGAAGGCCCACACCGCCUGGCAGUGGGAUACCCAGCAAGAAACUGCCUUCUAUCGCCUCAAGGAACUCGCUACUACUGCUCCCUGCUUGGCACUGUUCUCGCCCGACCAGCCCGUCCGUAUUAGUGCUGAUGCCAGCAGCUACGGACUGGGUGCUGUCCUCCUGCAGCCUGAUGGCUCCCGCUGGCGCCCUGUUGCCUAUGCGUCCCGCUCUCUAUCUCCUACUGAGCAGCGCUAUGCCCAGAUUGAGAAAGAGUGUCUUGCCAUUGUCGACUUUCGGAACGCGACCAACGCUGAUGACGACAUGUGUCGCCUCCGUGCCCUCAUCCUCAUCGGUUGGCCAGCCAAGCACACCUCGGUCCCCGCUAGCCUCUGCCCGUACUUCGCUGUUCGCGAUGAGCUCUCAACUGCUGAUGGUCUCAUAUUCCGUGGCCAACGUGUCAUCAUCCCUGCAUCCCAGCGCAACGCCACCCUUGCCAGUGCUCACGAGGGUCACCGAGGCGUUGGUAAGUGUCGUGCUCGUGCGCGUGCUGUGAUGUGGUGGCCUGGUAUGUCCACGGACAUUGAGUCGUAUGUGAUGUCUUGUGCCACCUGUGCCAAGGCCCGUCCUUACCCAGCCCAGCCGCUCAUCUCGUCCGAGUUCCCAUCUCAUCCAUGGUCAAAGAUCGCGUGUGAUCUGUGUGCAGCCAAAGGAUCCACUUACCUAGUUGUUGUCGACUAUUUCUUGCGCUACAUCGAAGUCAAACAACUUACCACUACUACGUCUGCCACUGUAAUUGCCUCUCUCCACUCCGUGUUUUCUACCCAUGGUAUUCCACACACACUAGUCUCUGACAACGGUCCACUAUUUGCUAGUGCCAGCUUCCGUGCAUUUGCUGCCGAGCUUGGGUUUGCCCAUCGCACGUCACGUCCUCGCUUCGCCCAAAGCAACGGCGCUGCAGAACGUGCCGUUCAGACAGCCAAGCAGCUCCUUCUGAAGAACGACGACUUGCCUUCCGCUCUCUUGGCCUACUGGUCUACGCCAUUGGCCAACGGUUAUUCACCGUCACAGCUGUUGUUUGGCCGCCAAAUCCGCUCCCGGUUUCCAGGACCCCUCCCUGCUCCAGCCUGGCCCGAUUUGACCGUCUUUGCCGACAAAGAAACAUCUUCCAGGUUUCGGCAGGCUGAUCGCUACAAUCAACGCCACAGUGCUCGACUGCUGCCUGUUCUCGCCCCUGGUGCUUCUGUGUAUGUCCCCGAUAUGGACAAAACAGGACGCGUCCAGAACCGCCUGUCCGAACGCUCUUACACGAUCGACCUCACUCCUGGAUCAUCUAUCCGCCGAAAUCGUCGCCAUGUGCGUGCGUUGCCAUCCACGUCAGCCAAACGCCCUAAUCCCUCCCGCUCAACCUCCUCCAUUGAGCCCAUGUAUGAGGUUGAGUAUGGUGUUCCUGCUCCUGUGCAUGUUGCCCUGCAACCACAAGCUAACUCUACUCUGCCGCCUCUUCUGCCUGUGCCGCAGUCUCCUCGAGUUGCUAAGCCUCUGCCACCCAGUCGCAGACCACAAUCCAGCCGUGUUCGCCAUGCGCCGCAACGCUAUGCUGCCAAUACCUGA